GGCUAUCUGCUUUAAUUUGUUGACUUUAUACAUUUAUUUGUCUUUUUUAAUUAUAUAUGUUAAUGUUCAAUUCUUGUAAAUAAUCAUCAAUUGCUGCUGGAGAUUGAAUUGGUUCGUUCUUGAAUGCUGUGCAAUUUUGCUAAAUCUUCUUCCACCUUUCAAACAAGGAGAAAGAAGAUCCAAUGGACGAAAGAGGAGCAUCAAGAUAUUGGUGUCAUCAUUGUUCAAGGAGGGUGAACCCCAUGAUGGAGGUGGAAUUAAAAUGUCCCAUUUGUCAACUAGGAUUUAUUGAAGAAAUGGGAGCAGACAGUACUGAUCGUGAAAAUGAGAGCCCUUUAGAUUCCGAUUCUGAUCGUGCCCUCUCACUUUGGGCACCUAUCUUGUUAGGCAUGAUGAGCAACCCUCGUAGUCGUUCUAGACUUAGGCAUCUCGAAUUUGAAGAUGAUGAUGAUGAGUACACAAAUGAACGCGAUGAUCAUACUCGUGAAGCCGAUACAGAACUAGAUCCGGGGCUGGCAUCUAUAAUGAAUAGGCGGAGGAGGAACUCUGCGACAAUUCUCCAGCUCUUGCAAGGUAUUCGAGCUGGAAUGUUGUCUGAGUCGGAGAAUGCUGACAAUGAAAACAGGGAGACAGGUAGAGAGAGUAGGGAUAGUGAACGUGUUAUACUUAUAAAUCCGUUCAAUCAAACCAUCAUUGUGCAGGGCUCUUAUGAUUCGGAUAAUAAUUCCAGGAACCAACCUAUUGGCUCAUUGGGUGAUUAUUUUAUUGGUCCUGGUUUAGACGUGUUGCUGCAACAUUUGGCAGAGAAUGAUCCAAAUAGGUAUGGUACUCCACCAGCUCAAAAAGAGGUUGUAGAGGCGUUGCCCGUGGUGACAAUUGAUGAGACAUUGCAGUGUUCUGUCUGUUUAGAAGACUUUGAGAUUGGGACUGAAGCCAAAGAGAUGCCUUGUAAGCACAAGUUUCAUGGUGUCUGUAUCUUACCAUGGCUGGAGCUUCAUAGCACAUGUCCAGUCUGUAGGCACCAGUUGCCCUCUGAUGAAUCAAAAGUUGAGUCUGCUGGAACCAAUGAUGGAAGUGGUAACACAAAUGCGCAGAGUAGUAACGGUAAUGGUAGAAGGUAUGAAGAUGAGGAUACUAGGAAUGAAAACGGGCGACGGUUUCCAGUGUCGCUUCCAUGGCCUUUGAGUGGCUUGUUUUCAUCCUCAAACGCAGGUAUCCAAUCUAGUAAUGGAAAUUCAUCAUCAAUGACGUCUUCUUCAUCAACCUUGUCAGGAAAUGCAAACUCCAAUGCUCAUAUGCAUGAGGAUUAAAUUUAUCAUAUUGAGUUUGUGCUCUAUGAUGCAUGGAUUUCCUUUGUCCUUUUGCUUGUGUACAUAGCGUGGUACUUACUAAAUUAUAGUAUUGCAAACAAUGGAUCCUGUCUUGGCUUCCUGUAUUAUAUAGGGGAUCACUUUACUUUUGUUCUACUAGAAGCCUGUUGAGGUCCAACGACUCUAAUUCUGUUUGUAUAGCUUUAAAUAUGCGAUCUUUGUACACUUUUUGGUUAACUGUUCCCAAAAAGCUCAACUCUUAAAUCCUUUAAGCUAAUGGAAUGAAUUGACAGUG